UGCUCUCCCUCAGCUGCUCUGCUCUCCCUCAGCCAUUUGGGCUUCGGCUAAUUCCAAGAGUAGCCCUCCUGGGAACUGACCAGCCCAGCCCACAGCUGUGGAGGACGUAAACUUGUGAACUCAUUUGGAGACUUUCCCUUAAACAGCCUCUCGGCUCGCUGCUUACACGAGGUGAGUGGGAAGGUAUUUCCCCAGGUUCUGCCACAUGACACUCAGGCCGUAGGAGGUCCAGGAGUGGGCAGCAGAGCAUGACACCAUCCCGGAUGCUGUGUUACUGGCAGGAGGACUCUGGGAAUUUCAGAUCCCAAGUUUCUACCCAUAUUUCAAAGGAAGGUCUGGGAGGCCAAGAUGUGUAGCAGAGUCAUAGCAUCUUCACCUGAGCAGUGAGACUGGAGACUGGCAGUGCCAGGGAAGGCAGUGGGGGCGAGGCUUCCCACUAGACCCUGUGCCCUCCAGCCCAGGCCCAAGGCUCAGCAGCAGCGCAUCCUGCUGGGCUGUGGCCUUCAUUCCGUCCCCCUGUGGCACGCCUGUUCUUGCCAGCGCAGUGGGGGUGUUCAUGCCGUCUGUGUCGGUGCUAGAGAACUCUGUUUUAACAGAACUCCCAGCGAAGAGUUUACACUAAGUCUCAAAGAGACUUUGGACCUUUGGAAAUUGGUGGGAUUACUAAGGCUGCUGGCACACAAGAUGAACUAAACCUAUUUUGCUGGAUGAGAUGGCAGUGAGCUUUGUGGGUGAGGGGUGGAUUUUCCUUUUUCUAAGAUGGAAUCUUAGGCCUCCCAGGCUGGCCUCAAAUUCGUUGUGUAGUCACGGGUGGCUUUGAGCUCUGACCCCCCCCCCCCCAUCUCCUAAGUACGGGGAUUCCAGUGUGUGCUGUCCUGCCCACUUCAUGCACUGUGAGGAGUUGAACCCAGAGCUUCAUACAUGCUCGCCCUUUACCAGCUGAGCCACACCCCAGACCUAGGCAUGGAGUGUCCUGGCUUCAAUACAAAAUGCCCAUCACAGGCGCCGUGUUAAGGCCCAGCUGGCAAUACCGGGGGUGAGCCUGUCUGGAGGAAGAGGGUCUUUGGGUCCAAGUCCUUAGGAUGCCCUGUCCCUGGUGCCUAACCGUCCUUCUCCGUUUCCUUCUGCCAUGAUCUGAGCUGCUCCACAGUGCUGUCCCUACCCUGAUAGACCAAAGUAAACCAAUGUUCUCUCAGGAGAUCCUUCUAGUCAAAGACAAGGAAAGGGCAGGAGUCCAAAGCCACACGGUGAGCCCUCUGGCCAGCAGCAAAGGGGAGAUGCCCUGCCUUGUGGAACUGCAGAGCCAGCGGAGCCACCCCCAGUGACAGGGUCUGCCUGUGAGCAAGGACCACCCGUGUGAACCUGCAGAGCCCUCGCAGGGAGUAAAUCGCCUGCAGGGAACAGAAGAGGGCCUUGCUGGCCCCACAGAAGGAGUUGCUGGGCAGUGUCCACCCUCCUCUGUCAGCUGGGGUGGACUCGGCACGGUCCUGUGUGUCCCUCAGACCACAGCAGGUGAGAAGUGCAGCCUGGGCACGGGUCCUGGACUGGGACCCCAGAGGGCACUGGGCGGCACCUCCGCUGUACUCUAAAACCUGCUCCUCUCCAAGCUCUUCCCAUCACAGCUAGAUGACGUGCUGCGACCCAUGGGCAUCUUUGCCCCCAGCUCUGGCUCCAAACCUCUUCAGGCCCUUGUCCCGCCCCUUCCUCUUGGCAGCAGUUCCCUUUACACGGACGCUGCCCCUUUCAGCUCCUCCCAGGUUAGAGCUGGCCGGAAAGCAGUGCCGAGAUUGUGUCAGUGCGUGUGCUGGCCGGCACACACUCUUCAACCACAAAGAAAACGUGGAAUCGUGCCUGGGCCCUCAGGCUUGCCCCUGCCUAGCAGUGAAAGGCUUGGCAUUGGGAGUCUGGUUACUGCAAGUGUGUGUUUUAUCAGUACAGAAAGCGUGGAUUCCUGUAGAGAGCAGGGCAGGAAAUGUUUGUGUGGUUGGUGUUGCCAGACUCUGCUUUAGAGACAGAGAGAUGGAGUCUUACGGAGCCUGGGCUAGCCUUGAGUUCACCGUGAGGGGGUGGAUUGGCGUUCCGGACUGUCCCCCGAGUGCGGAGUUCUGGGCUCUGCUAACCUGGGAGAACAGGUUACAGAAGGUUGGGAGAUGCCACGUGCCUCAGUGUUGGAGCCGCCCGUGUACAAAGUGCAGGAAGCCUUUGCACUCACACAUUGGAGAUGUUUGUCUCUGUGUGCCGGGUGCCUCCUGCCCCCAGUGGCCUUUGGUCCCAGCCGUCCUCAACGGCCACUGCUGCCUCUGCAGAAGACAGCGGAGUGUGGCCCUAGCACGGGCAGGAGCGGCCAUGCCAGCAGCUGAGCGCACUGUCACCACCAGGGCUAAGACUGCUGGUGCACUCAUUGGCUGUCCUGAGCGUCCCUACAAGGUCGCGCAGCAUGUGGGUGGCCGUGUGCUCAGAAGCCCUGGCUCCUCAUCUGCCGGUUGCCCGACUCAUGGAGAUGGGAUUUUCCAGAGGGGAUGCCUUGGAGGCCCUGAGGGCCUCUAACAAUGACCUCAACA